UUUAUAUAAAUUUGUCUCCAAUCAAUUAAGAAAGGUUGAUUAAAAUGAAGCAAAAGAAAGGUGGCAUGAACGUGACAUCUCCGAUGUGGAGAACGUCGAUGUAGGUUCUGCUGCUUUUUUGCAGUCGGUGGUUAAACUUGGUUAAACAAAGUUAGUUGUCUUGGUGCACGGUGCAGAGAUCACAAAGGUGAACUUAAUUAACUAAUUUGCAGGCUGAACACUGCAGCUUCUCCUACCUGUCUCUCCUCUUCUCCUCCUGCCUUUCUACUCUCACUGGCUUUUUAGACACCGUCACCAGACCACAUGUGAGCCUUUUGUAAAGGAAGUAUUAGAACUUUAAUCAUGCAAGAAAUAAUUCAGGCAAUGCAAAGCGCAAUGUGUCGAAAUGUUAGUGGUAAUUAUUAGGAUUGCUGCGAUUAACGAACACUGUGUUGCCAGCUAACCCCCAGGGAGCCUCGAAACUGUUGGAUAUAUAUUUAAAAGACCAGUUGAAACAAAGUUGUUUCUGGAGUUCAAACUUCAAGAAAACGUUUCAUUGCAACAUUCAAAUAAAUCCUGUGAAGACUUCAAGGAUUUCACAGAUGAGAUACAAGAAGCAUUUUUUAAGGGUAGAACCUGAGCUGUGUCUCCAGUGAAGAGCAGCAGCUGUGAGCAGAACAACAGGAGCUCGGACGUCUACUCAGAGAUAAGAAAUUAUUGACAGUUCCUUUAGUUUGACACGAGCCAGAGGAGAGGAUGGAUUUGUUCAUACUUCUUUUGAUUGCAGGUCUGGUGGGAAUAACAACACCAUCAGAUCAUGUUGACGUUACAGUGGAACCACAGCCAACUGAAAUUGAUCUUAUCACUGAUGGAUUAGAUCUCACAGACUUCCCAGACUUCACUGAUGACAUGUCUGAACUACCUACAAAUGUCUUCACUGACGGAGAAUCAGAAACAACGAUGACAACUGAGUCCACUACUGGUACUUCAACUACGGCAGCAAUUACAGCCACCACAGUUGCUGUGACCACCACCACAUCAACAGAUGAGGAGGGAACCCUUAACAUGAAAUUCAGUAUGAACAGGACAUACAUCAGCGAUUACGCCGAUUCAACUUCUGACGCAUAUAAGACUUUGGAAACAGAGGUCACCGAUGAGAUUGACAAAGCGGGAAACAGCCUGUAUCCUUCAACGUACAAGGGAUCUACAGUCACCUCUUUCACUGAGGGAUCCGUGGUGGUUGAGUCAGUUCUCAGAUUCGAGAAAAGCUCAGUUCCUUCUGUCAGCGCUUCAUCUUUAGCGUUUCUGAGUAAACUUCAAGACACAGGGCUUGGUUUCAUAAGUGGAUCCCUUGACAUUUCUGCAACAUCAGGCAGUCCUAAUGUGCCUUCAGCCAACAUUCUGAUUGUCGUUGCAGUAACACUGCUGACAGUGACGCAGAUGCUGACACCCUAAUAAUCAACGGGUGGUGCCCGCUGUUGAUGCUUGACUGGGACAUAUGCCCAGGAACACAUUAAUAAAUGUUCUAACUACACAAUAUGAAAUUUACCUGAACAACAGUUAAAUGAUAUGUGUAGUCCAAUGUGACUUAAGGGCUAUCUUUAUUACUUUUGUUUCAAUCCAAAUAAAUGCUUAUAAUUUUUAGAUAUUAAAGUGGUAGCUCAGAUAGCUAGAUAUCUGUCAACUGUUGCUAGCGCUAAUUUCCCCCACCUCUUUGUUUUGUAAGGAACUGUCAAGAUAUUGCCCUUUGUUUUUGUACCUUUACCAGGGGCUUGAUAGAUUUUAGACUAUUGUUAAUAGUCUUCUUUUUUAUUCUUUAAAGACCAAUUUAGUUUAGGAAAACAUCUGCAAAUGUAUAUCUGUUACCGGGUCGCGGGGGCAGCAGUCUCCAUGACCGCCACCCAAA